UAUGGACACUGUAAAGAGGGAGUAGUAUUUGAUAAUCACAAACCCAAUAGCUGCUGCGUUUCCGUUCCCCAAAUAUCUGACGCUAAUGGAAAAGGGCUCCGCCAGAAAACCACCCCUUCCUCCCCGUCGUCAAAGAAUGGAAGAGAAGGCCUCCGCCGCCGCCAGAAAACCGCCCCUCCCUCCCCGUCGUCAAAGAGUGGAUGCGAAGGGUUCCGCCGCCGCCAGAAACCCGCCCCUCCCUCUCCCUCGUAAAAGAAAAUCUGGUGAAACACCAAAUCGUUCUUGGGUUGCCGAUCAGCUGCGCCCUGGGGAUAGAUAUGUCAAAAUCACAUCUAAGAUGUGUGUAUCAAGGGUGAGGGAUAUGUACAAUGUGCGAGCAGACUGGCCCGAUGAUUUUAAUGUUGAUUUAGCUCUAUACUUGAUAACCAAGGUUCAAUCUAUUGAGCAUGAUCAUCAUGAUCAGGCUGCCUUAUCCCUCCUAAAGGAUGGUCCUUUACGUAUAUGGUUUCCCGUCUUCCGGGACUUCGCACUAACGCUCCUUUCUCUCUGCAAGGUCGACGGAAAUUUGUGGGCAGAUCGUUUGACUCAGCAUCUCAUUCAAUAUAUUGGAAUGAAGCUUCAGUCAUCCACCAAGCAUCCUGACGCUGAUGCUAAUGCUGAUGCUGAUGCUGAUGCUGAUGCUGAUGCUGACGAUGCUAGCCCCUCAAAGAAACUCAAGGGAUCAUAGAUUUUGAUCAAAUAUGUAGUAAUUUUCUUGUGGCUAUCUAUCUUGACAUUGUUAUCUUCUAUUAGGUUCCUACUCAUCUUCUGUAUUUUGAUUCUCUAUUACUUUGUAUGGUGGGUGCAUUUUCUAUCUAUAUAUGAUCGUCCUUUAAUUCUUGAAGAGCAACUCUAGUUUUAGGAAUUUACCUUUUUAGUUGCUCUGUACUGUAUCUGAUUUAUAAAGAGAGAAAGUUGAUUUCUUUAA